AUGGCACAAACUAAGGCGAAAAGAGUCGCUGUAAUAGGCGCUGGCAUCAGCGGAGUUUGUUCAGCUACACACCUCGUGAGACACGGCCUCGAAGUAAUUGUAUUCGAGAGGUCAGGGAUUGCUGGCGGAGUGUGGCAUUUCGACGUGCGCUCAGCGGCGGACCCCUCAUAUCCAAAUGAGCUUCCGUCGAAAGGCGACUAUGAGACAAGACCGGAGCUUGCAUUCAGCACUCCUCCACCAGAGGACGAGGACAGCGACAAGCGGGAGAUUGCUCAUGCGCCUCCUGGGCCAUGUUAUGCCGGACUGAAGAACAACGUCUCAACCAGGGAGAUGAGAACAAGUCUGCUGCCAUGGCCCGAGGGAACAGAGGAUUUGGUCAACCAAAACAUAUUGGAGGAAUACAUCCAGAACAUUGCAAUCAAGCAUGGCGUCUCCACCAUCACACAGUACCACACUCGCGUUGAAGAUGUACGAAAACAUUCUGGCGAAUGGGUCGUACGGACAACCACACUCCAGAAAGGGCCAUCCGAGUCGCGGUUUGUGGAACGGCACUGGACUUUCGAUUCGGUGGUAGUGGCAUCAGGACAUUACAACAUGCCGCGAAUACCAGACUUUCCCGGUUUGAAGGAGUGGAAGUAUGGGUGGCCGGAUCGUGUCUGGCACUCGAAAAGAUACCGCGACCCUCGAAUAUUCCAAGGCCAGAAUAUUCUCCUCAUUGGUGCUGGAGUAUCCUCGAGCGACAUCGCGAAAGAAUCGGCAGCUUACGCCAAUCACAUAUUCCAGAGUUCUCGAGGCGGAGCUUUUGAUCUCCCGGCAAGUUUCUUGCCAAAAGGUGCCACGAGGAUAGGUGCAAUCAGAUCCUUCCAACUGAGUGAAAAUCACGAUGUCGAAACUCCAGUUUCACGGCCAAUUCCCGGGAAAGUGGUACUCGAAAGCGGCGAGGUGUUGACCGACAUACACUCGGUCAUACUUUGCACAGGGUACAUAACCUCAUAUCCGUUCCUUCCCCAUCUGCACUGGGACAACGUUCCGGCGAGCGAAGCAGAUAGAUAUGUGCUCGUUACUGCCGAAGGGGACAUGGUGCAUAACCUGCACAAGGACAUGUUCUACAUUGAGGAUCCCUCGCUCGUAUUUGUCGGGGCUCCGUAUCAUAUCGCAACAUUCUCGCUUUUUGAUUUCCAAGCACAGGCGGUCGCAAGGGUAUUGAGCGGAAAAGCUCAAUUGCCAUCCAGACAACAGAUGCGCGAUGAGUACAAUGAGCGCGUGCGAGCCAGGGGCUUAGGGAGAGACUUUCACAGUCUGAAGGCACUGGGGGCUGAAGAAGCAUACGUGGAGGAUCUUGUACGAUGGGCGAAUGAGGAUGCCGCCCGGCUUGGAAUUGACGACAAAAUGCUAGGUCACACGCCCGAAUGGCAUCUCGCCAAGGUUGACAGAGAAGCAAGAAUGAAGUUGUUGAUGGCAGCGAAAGAGCAGGAGAAGCAAGAUCCAGCCUGA